AUGGUCGCAACCUCAGGCUUCUCCAACACGCCGGUGUCACGAUUCGUGAUCCUCAGCUGCAUCAGCACCAGCAUCCUCACGUCGAUCCUCGACAUCAAACACCUCCUACCGAUCAAACCGACGCCUCACCUCUGGCCGUACUUACAAUUCUCACGCCUCCUGACAUUCCAGACGGCAUACACCUCCUCCACCGAAAUCCUCUUCUCGGUCGCCCUACUGUACCAGUUCCGCGUGCUCGAGCGAUUAUGGGGCAGUCGCAAAUACGCCAGCUUCCUCGUGGUCUGUUUCUGGCUUAACGUCGUGCUUUUGCCGGCGUUUUGUCUGCUGCUGAAAACAUUCACUCUCGGCGUCUACAACUACAUUCCUUCGGGGUUGACUGCCGUGGUGUUCGCCGGGCUGAGUGCCUGGGGAGACGAGAUCCCACGGUUAUACCGAUACAAGAUCGUCACAGGGGGCAGCAGCCCGACAACCACAAGAAACACAACAACUUCUCCCUCUUCUAGUAGUGAGAACGAUUCGUCUGCUUCACAAGCACAACAAGAAACCCCGGGGAUCGUGCUGAGCGACAAAUCAACCACCUACGUCCUGGCCGCGCAGCUGGCCUUGAGCCAGUUCCCGUACCAGUUGAUGCCGGCUGCAGUGGGCUGGAUCGUGGGCAGUGCGUGGAUGGGAGAGCUGUUGCCGGGCAGACUGAAUAGAUGGAGGGUCCCGGCUUGGAUGGUGGGCGAGACCAGUAAGCGGAAACAACGCGGUCAGUAUGAAGGGCUGAGAAGGAGGUUGGAGGAAGAAGGCAGCUCGGCCGACGGCAUGAGAAAUGUUAGUGACAAUGUACAUUCGGGACAAGACAACCCUAGUGAACGGCGGGGGUUUGGGAGACAGAUCCUCGGAUACUUCACGGGGUCUUGA